AUGCAACAAAUAGGAUUCGGAUUAUGGCAAUUUCUCGUCGAUCUACCGUAUGACUGUGUCUCUGAGGAGUGUCGCAAUCGUUGUGAAUACUUUCUGCGAUCUACCGGACCAGUGAAAGUGUCUGAGGUCUACGAUAUACCUCUGUUGGAAGUUGUGUCGCGGAAUAAAACAGGUGGUGUAAAAGAACGUGUCGAAGCGUUGGGCCCGUUGGAUGCUGUGUUCUUCAUAAACACACUUGCCGCUCUUUCCUCGUAUUCUCACAAUGACACUUCGCAUCUGGUGAAGGAAAUAAUAGAGGUUUGCUUCUGUGAUGAAGCUUCUCGUGAAAGUUUGUACAAAGUUGGUAGUGAAGCGGUCUCAUUGCUUCUUGCACGAAGACCAUCUACUUUCGAUCAACUGUUGACGGUGCUCGAUCGAAGUAUGGCGCAUAUGGAUAACUAUGCCAUUGACGUUUUGGCAUCUUCAAAUCUAUCCGGUUGCAAGCUUUCGCCAUCUAUGUUAAGCAUCCUAGGAAAAUGGCUCAUCAAUAAGCCUCCUGACGAUGCUGCAAACCGUAUGGCGCGCCGCGUUUUAUCAAGCCUUCACUGGGGUCCCAACGAGGCCGGCGACCAGCUUUGGUUAGAUCCAGCCGUACAUGAGAUAUCUGCAGAUACAGUAAUGAAGGCACAUUCGAUCCACUGUGGACACUCAAAUGGAAUGAUUGCUAAAUCCAUUCGACAAAUUUCGAAACUGGCCAGUCGUAUGGCUGAUCACGAGCAGCUCUUCAACCAAUUUUGUUGGGAUAUAUUGAUCAAAAUAAAACUCAAUUCCAAGGAAAAUGACACUGCUCCUCAGCAUGACCUGUCCGCCUUUUUCAUCUAUGUUGAUCAGAGCUGUCUUGGAAGUCCUUCUGUGUUUUUGGAACGGGGUGUGCCAUUGAUGAAUGAUCUGGUGGGUGCAGGCUGUUCAACUGCCUGUGUAGUAUUGUUGGCGAGACUUAUGCAAAAGCACUACACUAAAGUGGUCUCCUUAGGGUCGCACAAAGGAUUCAUGGAGCUCUUCGAUCGAGUCCUGCACGUUGAUCAGUGCUCUUAUGCCGUGCAAUGGUUCACCGGACCAUCGUCGAAACCAACGCCGAUUGUUCGACUUAUUUGUUCUUCAUUAUCGGUACGCAUUCAGUCUUCGAAGGUUCUCAGCUUUUAA